CACAGGUGAAAGCACACCCUUAAACCUCAUCAUCAGCCACAGUAUAGUGAUAAUAAACGCGGCGGCUUUUCCACGUUCCAGCGAGCGUGUGUACUAUAGCAACAGGUUUUCCCAUUAUUAAAUCGAUAAUAUCGUAGCAGUUUGCCGCAUCAACAACACAAUAGAAAGAAGAGCCCCCCAAAGUACGGAGAAGAGCUUCCUCCGAGGAGGUCGUCCUAAGGAGCAGUCUCAGUCACUGCAACUACACUGCUGCUGCAGCAGUAAUACCCAGAAGCUAUUGUUAGAUCUAAGCUUAUUUUUUUUCUUCUCCUUAUGAAUAUUUAAUUUCCGCAAACGUCGAUUGUUACGUUUUUCCCUCCCCCGCUCCGGUUGUAGAAAAAGAAGAAGAAGACAUCAUCAUCGCUCAGUCACAAUGGACGACCUGUUCGGCAAGAAGAAGGAGGUGGUCCCCAUUCUGGACCUGUCCCGGUCAACGGCGACCACCCGGGAAGAGUUCAAAAAGAUGUACGAAAAGGUGCCCGAUUACAAGACGCGCCCGAUCAAGGUGCGGCCGGAGGAGAUUCGGUUCAAGGAUAAGGACACCAGCUACAAGAUGCCCAAGAAGGAGCUGAAGAUGCUGCUCAAGAACGGGGGCGAUCGGGACAAGCUGUACACGUACAUGGAUCCGAUUCCGACGGAGAUGCGGAAUUUGGUCAUUAUGGAGCUGUGCAGCGUGUCGAUUGACUGGAAGAUGCUGACGCCGCUGCGGCCAAAAACGAAGAUUGAGGAGGAGUACUUUAGCAAACUGGUGGAGCUCGGCAAGCUGCAGAUAAAAACCGAGCAACGCGAUAAGCGUGAGAACCAGCUCUCGUCGUCGGUGCGCAAGGUGAAGAACAAAUCCGGCAUCAUCGAGUCGCGGAUCUUCACGUGCAACGAGUGCGCCGAGGAGUUUUGCAACGGCAAGGUGUGUCUGGACUUUAACUACGACCUGUACACGCGGAUCGCACCGAAGGCGCCGAUCGUGAAGACGAACUCGCAGCAGCAAAUCAGCACCACGAAGAUACUGGCGGAGCUGAACCAGAAGAGUAUCGACAGCGGGAGCGGGGGGAGUACGUCGAAGAAGAGCGGGAUUGGGGGUGGUGGGAGGAGGUCGAUCCGGAGAAAGUCCAAGACGCGGUCCAAGUCGGCGGAGGAGGACGAUGGCAAUCAGAGUGGGGGUGGUGGGGGAGGAGGGGGAGCGGCCGGGGGUGGUGGGAAGAAGAAGACUAAGAAAUCGUCCAGGAGUAAAAGUCCGGGGAAGUAGUGAAGAAGGACAGGGGGAGAAUCAGGACCCUUUUCGAAAGUUACCUCUUUGUAGUCUCGUUUACGGUAUUAAAGCUAUUAUGAAGAAGUGUGUGUGAUCUUGUUUUGUGAAAG